AUGAAUUUGAACAAUAUCCAGAUGCUUACUGGAUCAAACUUUAAGGCCUGGAAGAGUGGUGUAGAGUUCUACCUAAUGAUGCAUGACAACAUGGAUUUGUGUUUUACUGAUAUAGAGCCUUAUGGAGUAGAUGCAACUAGCUCAUCCGAUGACAAGAAAUAUUAUCGAGACUGGCAUAGAUCCAAUUAUAGGGCUAAGAAUGUAAUGAGAACUACCAUGUCUGAUACUGUGAGGGGUAGUAUUGAAGAGCCUGUUUUGGCAGUUGACUAUAUGGAAGCAAUAGCUGAAAAAUUCAAGGAAAGCAAUAAGGCUGAGGCAGCUAGACUUUCCAAGGAGAUGAAUGAGUUGAAGUAUACUGGUAGUGGGGGUGUUAGGCAGCAUAUCUUGAAGCUCACUGAGCUAAACACUAGGCUCAGGGAUUUAGAUCUGGGAGUCAAGGAUGACCAACUUGUCCACAAUGCCUUAGAUUCUCUACCACCUAGCUUCAAUACCUUAAGAACUAGCAACAAUGCACAGAAGGAGAGCUGGACCUUGAAUGAGCUGAUAGCUAUUUGCGUGGAUGAGGAGAGUAGAAUGAAGAAAGAGAAGCAGCCCUCUACCUCUGUCAAUUUAGUUGAAAAGCCAAAGAAAUAG